AUGGCUUCCCCCGCGCGGUCGAGGUCGCAUUCGCAACACUCGCCUGGCAGCGCAGCCUCGAGCAACUCUGCGUCGACCUCGCACCCUUCCCUCACGUUUAGGCAGUACAAAGCUGAAGUUCGCAGGGUCAUGACGGAAACCGCCAAUGCUCUUACCGACCAGAGGAGGGAAGCGAUGGCAAAGAAUGCUGGUCCACUAGCGGGACAGAUUCAGCGUCGCCUCAUUUUAAUCAGCUCCUGGGUGAAUGCGCAGACGAGAGCGGGCAGGGACCGCACCUACCGCGAUGGUGCUGACGUCGGCUCAGCAAACGGAUACCUCUCGGAGAACCUGGCGCUCGUCGGAAACCUUUUCCUCCAUGUCCCGUUCGAGCAGAACUUGAAAGGCCUCAUGCCGACCCGCAGGGAGCUGCUUGCAGGAGAAGUUGCGAUGCUGCCUUACAUCCAGCCCUUGUUGCGACAUAUUCCGCACGACGAGGACGCAGCGUCGACCACGACCUCGCCUUUCCGCCCCGGCACUCGCACCUCCUCCUCCUCUCGCCCUUCCGACUUUAUCGCCUCCCAUCAGCUUGACUCGAAUGGUCGACCUCGGCUUGACUUCGUUGCUUGGAAGGAGACGCUGGGACAAGGGCUCGCAGGCGCCCUUCACCUAUUACAAGCUCCUGUGCCCGUGGACGAGCGGCUUGAGGGCCGGUGGAUAUCGCUUGUCAGGACGAGGGUCGACGAACUCGGUUGGUACAAGCAAGAGGUGCUCGAUCGGACGACUGCCGAGGACUGGGGCUCGCCAAGCUCGCGUCUCGCCGCACAGCGCUUUGAGAACGUCUCCGUUCUGCUCAACAACGCCACGGGGUGGCCGCUUGACAAGACUUUUCCGACCCGCCACGACCUCCUCGAAGGUAUUGUUCGACCGUGGGAGAAUGUCGACACACGCGCCGUCGAUGCCUUCUACCGCACCCUGCACUUCUCAAGCGCCAAUCUCCUGCAGUCCUUGACCGCCCAGAAGUCUGCCGCCGAAAACGCCGGCAAUGCUCUUCGAGCGCGACAGCUCGGAGAACGCAAGACGCAAGUAAUUCAGUGGUUACGGCACCUGGACUCGUUCAAGUCGAGGCGGAUCUUGAUGGAGACGCCGGAUGCGGUUGUCGAGGGUGUUAUGGCGGAAGUAGGCGCGACCGUUCAGCGAAUCAGGCAACAGCCUAUCAGACACGUGUUACAAUUGCCGGACCUUGACGACCUCCUCCACUCCUGCUCGCCACGUCCUUCCGCGUCACAGUCGUCUCCGUUCAGCAUCCAAGGCCGUCAUUGA